GUCCACGCUUCGGGAUGUCUCAUUUUCAAAUUUUUUUUAAAAAAAGUCGCGUUUCAAGCUGCGGUGCACGCCUUUGAAAGAGUUUUUCAAGAAGGAAACCAGUGACUUCUACCACAUCAUCUGGCUGCUGUUAGAAUCUGAAUUGAGAAGUCUCAAAUCUUUGUUCUGCUGGCAGAUUUAAUCACCAAUUAAAGAGACAACAAUGACUUUGGACAAAUUGGUUAUCAAGUGUGGAAACUUUGCAGUCUUGGUAGAUUUCCAUAUUGCAUCUCAGGACCGUAUGUGGUUUUCUGAUCAUCAGAGAGAGGAAGUCUGUCUUUUGCUGAAGGAUGCAGUUGAAUCAAGAGUAAACCAGUACUUGAAAGCACGUAAAUUACAUGGUCGGGGCAAGCAAACAGAACAUGGAGAAUCUAAUUCUUUGUCUUUAAGAGCGGACGAGUUUCACAUUUCAGCUUACUUUGUCAAAAGAUGGGCUAAUCUGCGAUGUAUUGGACAACGGCAUGGUGGUAAGCUUCCUAUGUCUCCCUUUGGAGUACUUUGGAGAAACAAGGUGAAAAAGUGACGCUUGGACUAAUGGUAUUCUUCAACAAACUAGGUGUGGUGCAGAAAGAUUUGAGGGGUCCUUGGC